AUGGCUUUCACCACGAUUCGCUAUGGUUACUAUCCAUCAGAUCAGCAUAGAGAUCGACUUACACGUCCCAUGAGACCACUUUCAUUUCCAGCAGAUCAUCUACCAACUGCGGUUAAUCUACGUCGUUGGAUGACACCUGUCGAACAACAAUUAGAUAUAAAUGCCUGUUGUGCAAAUGCCUUUGCUGGUGUUUGUGAGUAUUUAAUAAAACGUAUCCAUGGUGUUCAUAUUGAUGUUUCUCGUUUAUUCAUUUACUUCAACGGAAGACGAAUGAGUGAAAGAACGGGACUUAUCACAGAUCAAGGAGUCGUACAAAGAGCAGUUGCUUUAGGUUUGCAAAAGUAUGGAUGUUGUCUCGAGAAAACUUGGCCAUAUGUACCAGAAAACGUCAAUGUAAAACCAUCCGAUAAGGCGUUUGCCGAAGCUCGUGAAUGGACUGUUGUUCCUCUAAGAAUUCCUUGUACAAUACAAGCAAUUGAAACGUGUUUGCAUAACCAACUUCCGGUGAUUAUGGAUAUUAUUUUAUUAGAAGAAGCAGGUAUAGCUUUUCAUCCUAAUGGUAGAAACUCGAGAAUGCCGAAUGUGAGAACUGGUCUCAUUGACAGAGAUCGAUUUCAUAGCAUCGUUAUUGUUGGUUACGACAGACGUAAAAGGUAUUUCUGUGCAAGAAAUUCUUGGGGAGAAGAUUGGUUCGAUUAUCAUCAUCAUCGUCGUCAUCGAUCUACUGUAUUUAUAUUAUUACUAGCUGCAUUGAUUGUUGCAACAUGUACUGCUAUUGGCCUCUUUUUUGUUAUGAGAAAAGAACAAGAUGAAACAUGUGGAUCGGAUCACGAAUCAUAUGCAGUCACUGGUUCGUCAAAAUUAGGAAGAUACAAUCGGGCUGCAGUAGCUGUUGAUAAUGAAGAGUGUUCGAAAAUUGGCAAAGCUAUUCUGUUAAGAGGCGGAAAAGCAGCUGAUGCAGCCAUUGCAGCAUCUUUAUGUAACGGAGUUUUGAAUGCUCAUUCCAUGGGAAUUGGUGGCGGCUGUGUCUUUCUUAUCUAUUCACGGAAACUUGGCAAAGCAUUUAGCAUUGUCGAGCGAGAAACAGCGCCCUUAAAUUCUAAUAGUACGAUGUUUCAAGGUCGAGAAAACAUGUCAUUAAUUGGUAAGAACGUUCAUAUUUGGAGUUUUCCGAUGGAAAAAUAUUUUCGCGCAAUAUCAGGCUCAUUGGCUAUCGGAACACCUGGUGAAAUUUUAGCAUAUAAAAAAGCCUACGAUCAAUUCGGUGGAGGAGUGUCAUGGGCAUCACUUUUCAAACCCACGAUUCGUUUAUGUGAAAAAGGAUUCAAUGUUAGUGUUGCUUUGGCUUUUGCAAUCGAGAAGAACAAAGAACACAUUUUGAAUGAUACUGAGCUUCGAAAUAUCUUUGUUAAAAAUUCAACAACCGCUGAACUUUAUAAAGAAGGCGAUUUGAUGCGACGACCGAAAUUAGCACGAACACUGCAACAGAUUGCUGACGAAGGUGUUGAAAGUUUUUAUCAAGGCAGACUAUCAAAUAAGAUUGUUUCUGAAAUUCAAAAACGAGGUGGUAUUUUAACUCUUAAUGAUCUUCGUCAAUAUGGUCUUGAUUUUCAAGAAGCUCUAUCAUUCAAUUUAAAUAGUUCGUUGAAAGCAUUCACAACUUCAGCUCCAUCCAGUGGACCUAUUCUUGCACUUAUUCUCAAUAUAAUGCUCGGAUACGACUUUCAACCAACGGAUUUGAAUGAAACUAAUACAGCUGCACUUUUUUAUCAUCGCCUAACAGAGUCAUUUAAAUUUGCAUUCGCCAAGCGAUCAGAAUUGGCCGAUCCUUUGAAAAUAAAUCUUCAACAUUCUAUUAAAGAUUUGAUCUCCAAAUCCUAUGCCGACACAAUUCGGCAGAAAAUCAAUGACAACGAAACAUUUUCGGAGGUCUAUUAUGGCAAUAAUAACACUCAAUCGAAAUCAAUCACAGGAACUGCUCAUAUCUCAAUUGUAGACGAGCAUGGAGAUGCUGUAGCCAUAACUUCAACUAUAAACACAUAUUUCGGUUCGAUGGUUGUUGGCGAAGAAACUGGAAUUAUUUAUAACAAUCAAAUGAAUGAUUUUUCUAUUCCUGAAAAAAAGAAUUAUCAUGGUUUGUCUGAAUCGAAAAAUAACUUGAUUGAACCUGGAAAACGACCUGUUUCAUCACAAGCACCUUUGAUUGUUCUUGACAGUGAUGGCAAAGUUCGAUUAGUUAUCGGAGGUAGCGGAGGCGCAAAAAUCGUAACCAGUGUUGCUCAUGUUACUUUACUAAAUCUACUAUUUCACAAAAACGUUAAAGAAGCCAAUGACCAGCCACGUGUCCAUCAUCAUUUAUCUCCGAAUCAGAUUACUUUCGAAGAAACAUUCGAUCAAGGUGUUUUAAAUGGACUCAAACGUCGUGGUCAUAAAACAAAAUGCACUGCGUAUGGUGGGUCGGUUGUCCAAGCAAUUGAAUGGCGUAUCGAAGAGAAGCAGUACUGGGCAAAUUGUGACGUUAGAAAAGGCGGAAAUCCUCAGGGAUACUAA